GUAAAUGAUUCAGAUUUGUCUAAUAGCAGAAUAGGUCUGCUCUGUACUGGUCUGAUUCGACGAAUAGUGUUCAGAACUAACGCUUCUUUCUCCUUCAACACCUCUUUCCGGGCUCGUCACUCUGCAUCUCAUUCGUAGAACAACGGUUCCUACCUAUUUAUCAUAUUCCUCUCAUACAAGUCUAAAGAGCACUUAAAUGACCUCUAGAGCAUAUUUCAUCUAGCUGUUUACCUGCGUUUCCUCUACCUCUUAUGUCUUGGUCAUCCAUUAAGUUUUGACGUAAUGUCCUUGUUAUCUCCGUAUCUCCAUCCUCAACUCCACUGCUCAAAAAUACAAGCGGCGAAUACGAGCUUCAACUUACUCUAGAUGGUAAAAAGCGCAAUUAGAAUGGAAGCUCUUCAAGACAUUCCGAUUCAUUUACCAUAUAACAAGUGUUGCCAAUUUCAUGUUCUCUCUUACCUGCGCAUAUCAAGCUUCUGGAGACUUGACCGAAACUGCUAUCCGUCACGUUCCCCAUUCAUCGGACCACAACAUAUUUGACAUACAUCUCCCAACUUUUCAUCAAGUCAACGCGCAGAAUGACAACCGUACAACAGCCGAUAGUAGUCGUCACUGGAGGGAAUCGUGGAAUCGGCUUUUCAACAGUUCAAGCACUAUCCCUACGCUAUCCAUCUGGAACAUACAUAAUUGGUAGCCGAAGCGUCUCUUCGGGUCAAGAAGCCAUUCAAGAGCUUCGAAGCUUGGGUGUAAAAGCCAAUCUAGAAGUCGUCGAACUGGAUGUCGUAAACGACUUGAUAAUUGAGGCAGCACAAAGCUGGAUUAGCCAGAAGUUCGGUCGCCUGGAUGUACUUGUGAACAAUGCAGGCAUUGCACUCUUCCCUUCAUCAUCCUCGCCAAGGGACAUCCGAGAGACAUUCAACACAACUUUCACCACGAACGUCACUUCCCUGUACACCGUGACCCUCGCUUUUCUUCCACUUCUGCACCUCUCCAACUCGCCAAAAGUAGUCAACAUCUUGUCCGGCAGAGCCUCGCUCACCCGCUCUUCCAACGGAAAACUACCAACAACCAGGGUGAUGUCGUAUUCGGUUAGUAAGGCUGCAGUCAAUAGUUUGACUAUAGAUUUGCAGAAGGUGGAGGAUGCUUUACUUACAGACAACCCUGCAGAGGAGGGAAGGAAGGUUGGAAAGGGCAAGGUGCAGUUCUUCGCUGCGAAUCCGGGACAUUGCAAGACUGCUUUCAAUGGCUACAAGGGGACGAAAGAGCCGCUAAAUGGCGCCGAGGUAGUGGUCAGACUUCUCGGUGGAGAAGGGGGGAAAGGUGGAUUCUGGGAGUUCGAGGAAGGUGUGUUGAGGGAGGUACCUUGGUGAAAUGGGUUGAGAUACAUGAGAUGCCUCACAGGUGAGGAGAAAUGGACAAAGUAUCGCACAACACACCAGUUUUGGAAAGAUAUGAAAGUUUACACUACAUAGUCAGGUUUCAGAAAAUCGAACGUUGUAUGUUCAGUGUGCA